AUGGCUCCAGUGAUUACAAGACCUGGCUCUGAGGAUAACCUUGCUCGCCGAGACACAAUUCCCUUGGGCGAGUACUUGUUUUUGCGCAUUGCUCAGGCCAACCCUAAACUUAAGUCCAUUUUUGGUAUCCCAGGCGACUUCAACUUGGCUCUUUUGGAGCAUUUGUACACGAACUCUGUUGCUCGUGAUAGAGGCAUCGAGUUCGUCGGGAUCUGCAACGAGCUCAAUGCCGCAUACGCUGCCGACGGCUACGGGAGAGUCAUCCAGAGCUUGAGCGUGUUGAUCACCACUUACGGUGUGGGCGAGCUUUCUGCCAUCAACGGUAUCGCAGGCGCUUUCGCCGAGUACGUGCCCGUGUUGCACAUUGUCGGCACCACGUCGACAGUUCAGCAGAACCAAGCGAAAAACGCCUCGAAGGGCUCUGUUCGUAACAUCCACCACUUGGUGCCGAGCAGACACGCCUUGACGCCUCCAGACCACAAUGUCUACAAACGUGCUGUAGAGGGUGUCUCGUGCAUUCAGGAGUCGCUAACAAAGGAUGACGGCCUUGAGAACUUGGAUAAAAUCGACAAGGUGCUUGCCAAAAUCUUGCAGGAGAACAGACCAGGCUACUUAUUCGUGCCCUGUGAUGUUCCUGACGUGAUGGUCCCCGUUUCGAGAUUGGCUGAGCCUUUGGAAGUCAGCGAGCUCAAGGAUGCCACUUUGCUCGAUGAUGUCGCUGACAAAAUCUUGAAUAAGCUCUAUAACGCCCAGAAGCCGGCCAUCUUUGGCGACGCCUUGGUUCCACGCUUCAGGGCACAGGAGCAGUUUACAAAGUUUGUCGAGUCAAUGCCCGCAAAUUUUGUCAGGCUCUUUUCGUCCAAUAUUGGCAGGAAUAUCGAUGAGACGUUACCCAACUAUGUUGGUUGCUAUUAUGGCAAGUUGACUGAAGACAAGAAAAUUGUGGAAUCCAUAGAAAACAACACGGAUGUGUUGCUCAACUUUGGCUACUUCAACAACGAAACCAACAAUGGUUUCAACACUUUCAACUUUGAUAAUGUCAAAGACUACAUUGUCAUUCACCCAGACUACAUCUACAUUGACGGCGAGUUCAUUGAGGUGAAGAGUGAACAAAAGGAUCAGAGAGUGUUCUCACUCAAUGACUUGAUGACAAGGCUUGUGGAGAAGCUCGACGUGACCCAAUUUGUUCACAACGACGGCAAGGUUUGCAACAUUGACUAUAAGUAUGAAAUGCCUGUGUACUCUGAAAGAGACGGUGGUGACAAGACCACCAUUACUCAAAACAAGUUGAUGGACUUCAUGAAGGAUUACUUGCAGCCCAACGAUAUCUUUAUUGUCGAGACUUGCAGUUUCCUCUUUGGCGUUGCUGACUUGGCGUUGCCCAAGGGCGUUCAGUUCUACUCGCAGUCGUUCUACGGAUCCAUUGGCUACGCUUUGCCUGGCACGCUAGGAGCAGCUCGUGCGGAAAGGGAUUUGGGCACAAAGAGAAGAGUUGUUUUGGUGCAAGGCGAUGGAUCAGCGCAAAUGACGGUCCAGGAGUUGUCGUCGUACAUCAGACACGACAUCCAGCCACCCAAGAUCUUCUUGUUGAACAACGAAGGGUACACAGUGGAGAGACACAUUCGUGGGCCUACACGGUCUUACAACGAUAUUCAAGACAACUGGAAAUGGACGCAAUUGUUGAGUGUUUUGGGAGACCCCGAACAGAAGAAGCAUACCUCAGCCGACGUGCAUUUUGCCGAGGAGUUGAGGAAUUUGUUGAAGAAGCCGGUUUCCGACAAGAUUGAGUUCUACGAGCUCCACUUGACGAAGUUGGAUGUCCCCGACAGAUUUUUACUGAUGUUCAAGUAG